CACCGGAAUCCAACCGCGCUAGCGAAAAUUCGUAGCGGCUCAAACUCAAACUCGAACAUUCUCGUCCACUCGACCCGCCGCCUCGGUCUACCUAAUUCAGCGCUAUCUGACCGCCGACUUAAAUACGAUGGAGCAAGCUUACCCAAUACCACCGAGCCCUCGACGGCUAUCCGAGCGCCGGGGCAAGCCCGAACUACAACCUCUCGGCCCAAUCCUACCUUCCCCGAACGCUUCCACUCCCACCUUCAACUCUGGACCCACCGCCACCAGAGACGCAGACAUCGAAUCGCUCAACUCGUCGAUACCCAGCGGAGUCUUUUCACCAGACAACUACGGUACACCGGUAAUGUCAGCGCCCGCCACACCGACCGACAUCUCGCCCAUCCGCCACCUUGCGAUGCCUUUCGGCGCCGGCUCAUCGAUCGUCGGAACUUCGAUACAAGAGGAGGAUGAAGCGAGCGAGUGCGAUUGCCAGGAAUGUGAGGACCGCUGCGGAGAGUACGGGCUGGGACUGGCAGUGGGGGCCGCGGGCACGAUGGGCACCAAAGAUGUCGCGUUUCCGCGGCUGGACACGGUACGAACCGUACGGGAGGCAUUCGAAGAGUCGUGCUACGGGUCGCAUUAUCACUACAACGAGAAGCUCGCUCCCAUCGCAAUGCCUCCAACCCCUCCUUCCAAUGCUAGCGAGCAACCGUUUAUGUUUUCCAAUCACGGAUCGCCGACGUCGCCAGCAAUUGACGCUGAAGCUUUUUCAUCUGGCCCUUCAUCGCUCACGCUUCCGCCACGGUCCCCGAAGAACGAGGGUUCAUUGGGUGGUGGUGCGAGACUCCGCGCAACGAGCAUCCUCAACAAGGUGGUUCCCGCGAAAUUACGGGCGAGCCUGAAGAGACGUAUCUCCGGAACAAACGACAUGUCUGCCCAGCCACCACCGCUCCAGCCAAUAGACACGAUGCCAACAUAUUCGGCAGUUAUCGCCCCUGGUACACCGCCGGACGAUUCCUUCGGGAGAUGGCAUGUGGAACAGCAGACAUCCCUCCCUAGGGCUGAGGACAAUUAUAGCCCGCUCUCAUCUCCCGAGGCGAUCCUGCCGCCUACACUUUUGCCCUCCUCCAUAUCGCCAAGGUCGCCUUGCGUCGAAACCGACUCCUUCUUCGCUUCACCGCUGCAGUCACCCAGAACGGUCGGCAUGCCCGCUUUUGCAAGGAUGGAAUCGCUACCCGAAACACCCACGGAUGUUGUCUGCAGCCCAUUGCAUCCUCCGACCAUCUCACCGCUAAUGUCGCCAUCGCUCGCGUCUACAUCUCAAACGUCACUGGGUACGUGGGGAGGCCUGCUACAUGCCCACAAGAAGGUGCCCAGCAUAGACCCGGCAACAUCAUCGGCGCCGCGCAAACCAGCAGCCCCACUGACUCUGGUAACAGCAAACUCUCUCGCCGACAUGAUCGAGGAGAUGCAGUCCGAGAUCGACGCAUACGAUGCCACGCUGGCCCGCAUGGUCAGCAGCGGAUGGUCGAGCCCCCAGGAGAUCCGGAACGUUGAGCUCCAGCGAGAGGAGCACCGGAGCACCUGGCAAACGCGCGUCAACGAAUCCAAGAAGAUGCUGGAAGGGAUGCGGAGGACAGAGGUCAAAUAUUCGGCCAUGUCGAGUGUUUCCAGCUUCGACAGCUUUGGCAGCACACAGCAAGCAACGUCCAGCCAACUCACCUCUGUUACAUCGCUACCAAAUAUCGAUGCCUACAGCCAUUCCGGUUCGGAACGCAGUUCACAAAUCUAGCCGCCGGCACAUAGCCGCCGCGCCCCAUCCAGCCACUCCCCCCCUCGCCGCCAUGGAUGGCGUUUACAUUUCGCCUGUUUAUAGACUUUCCAAUC